AGAAGAAGAACUUAAAUUCAAACCUCACUAAUUGUUAAGAUUUUAUUGUCAGAAGUCAGAAGUGAAGUCGAAGUGUAUAAUUUAUAAAAUAUAAAAAUGACUAUUUCCGAAGGGGCAGAACAAGAUAGUGAAUAUACUGACGAAUUAACAUCCAAAGAAGGCGAAUUAGAAGAAUUAAAAAUAUAUAUAAAAGAAGCUGAAGAACGACUAAAAUGUAAACAAGAAUUAAGAAGCAUCAAUCAAGAUGCAGCUCAGAAUCGUCCAGGAGAUUCCCAUUUUAGUAAACUUGAUUCUAGUUUAAAGAAGAACACUGCGUUUGUUAAAAAGAUUAAGAAUUUUUCAGCGACACAAGUAGAUACAUAUUUAAAGGAUAUGACUGGUUUAAAUUUAUCAAAAUAUAUUUCUGAAAUAGCCAGUGCGAUAGUUGAAUCUAAAUUAAAAAUGACUGAUGUUCCUAGUGCUCUUAAAUUAUGUAGCAUAUUACAUCAAACAUAUUCAGAGUUUUCACAGCAUUUGUUUGAGAACUGGCAAAAAAAUUUAGGGAUAAAGAUGGGUGAGAAAAUACAAAAUCCAAGCAAGUUGAGAGUUGAUUUACGUUUUUAUGCUGAACUGCUUCAAUCGGGGGUGUUUAGCAAUAAGAAUGCUUUUACACUUUUGGGUUCUGUACUUACAACCUUAAUAAAUAUGGACAAGGAAGAACAUAUUAAUGUAUCCAUCAUAUUAAGCUUUUGUAAACAUUGUGGAGAUGACUAUGCAGGGUUGUUACCAAGAAAAAUGAGGGAAUUAUCUGCAAAAUAUAACAUAACAGUUCCUAAAAGUAACUUCUUAGCAUCAGAAAAACAACAAAAUGUAAGAGGUUUAUUGAAAGAUUAUUUUUUGUCAUUGAGCAAACAUCUUGUGAAAGAUCACCAAGAAUUACAAAAUUUUGGAAAGCAAAAUUUGAAGAUAUUACAAACAAAAGGUGAACUAAGUCAAGAGAGAAAGGAAAAAUAUGAAUCCCUUCAAUCGUCAUAUGAUAAACUGCUAGCCAAUACACAAAGCUUUGCUGAAAUCUUAGAUGAAGAUAUGCCAAUUUUAAAAGUUGAGACUAUGCCUAAAACUGAAGAGAAUAUGAUAGUUACUGGUUCUGGAGCUGAUUUUGAUGAAAAUUCAGUUAAUAUAGAAAACAUUUGGUUGGAUGCUGAAACAAGAAAAUUUUAUUGUGAACUUCCUGAAUUGACAGCAUAUCUUCCUACUUCAUAUCUCAAAAAUCAACAACCUGCACCUACAGAAACUGCGACAGAAGAAAUUUUAGAUUCUGAACUUCCACCUGAAGAUACAGAAGAAGACAGUAAAUCAGAAGAAGUUCCUGUCCAAGAAGAAGAGGUAGAGGAUAGUAGUUCAUCUAACGCAAGCAAUAAAAUGCUUCUGGAAACAUAUUUAAAUAAUUUGCCAAAUUGUGUAAACAGAGAAAUGAUUGAUAACGCAGCUAUAGAUUUUCUCUUGACUCUAAACAACAAACAUAACAGAAAAAAAUUAGUCCGAGCAAUAUUUGGUGUCAAUAGAACAAGACUGGAUUUAUUGCCAUUUUAUGCCCGUUUUGUAUCAAUACUUUAUCCAGCUGUUCCUGAGGUUGGAAAUGAAUUAUGCCAAAUGUUAUGUCAAGAUUUUAAAUACCACGUGAAGAAAAAGGAUCAAAUAAAUAUUGAAUCAAAGAUUAAAGUGGUCAGGUUUAUUGGCGAAUUAGUUAAAUUUAAGUUAUAUUCAAAACAAGAAGCCCUGUAUUGUUUAAAAGUAUUACUAAAUGACUUUUCACAUCAUCAUAUUGAAAUGGCAUGUAAUUUACUAGAAGUUUGUGGGAGAUAUUUGUAUUGCAGUGCAGAGUCGCACGAACGAACAAAGGUAUAUUUAGAACAAAUGAUGCGUAUGAAGACUGUUAAGACCCUGGACUCGAGAUAUGUUACUCAGAUAGAAAACGCUUACUACUAUGUAAAUCCCCCAGAAAUUGUCAGUGUAGUAAAAAAAGAAAGACCCAUAAUUAAUCAAUUUAUAAGGAAGCUUCUAUAUCAAGACUUACAGAAAAAUAACACUGACAAAAUUAUGAGAUUGAUGCGAAAAAUUAAUUGGACAAAUGAAGAGAUAUCAAAUUACGCUAUUAAAUGUCUAACAGGGGCUCACAAUAUGAAAUAUUUUAAUAUAAGGUGUUUGGCAAAUUUGUUAGCAGGUUUAGUGGGAUAUCAAGAAGAAAUUGGGACGAAAGUUGUAGAUGGAGUUUUAGAAGAUAUUCGAUUAGGUAUGGAAGUAAAUCUUCCAAAAUUCAAUCAGAGAAGAGUUGCACAGAUAAAAUAUUUAGGAGAACUUUACAAUUAUAGAAUGGUAGAAAGUUCAGAUGUGUUUAAGGUGCUGUACUCGUUGAUUUCUUUUGGAGUGUCAAUGGAUCCAUCUGAACCAUCACCAUUAGAUCCUCCAAAUCAUUUAUUUAGAAUAAGAUUGGCGUGCGUAUUAUUAGAAACUUGUGGUACAUAUUUUAGCAGUGGCAGUAGCAAAAGAAAACUGGACUAUUAUUUAGUAUUUCUACAAAUGUACUACUGGUAUAAGAAACAAUUAUGGAAAGAAAGUUUCCCUCCUACUUUGGAACACAUAUUUAAAGAAACUUUAUCUAAUCUAAGGCCAAAAUUGAAACUCUGCAAAAGCUACGAAGAAACACAAACAGAAGUUAAUAAUAUCCGGUCCACUUUAGGCAUUGAGAAGUUAAUUACUGAUCAUAUGCCGAAGGAGUCUGAUGAUGGUCUAGAUACCAUAACAGAAACAGAUAAUGAAGAUAUUGGAGAAGAUGAAAUGUCUGAAGGAGCUACUGGACCUAUAACUGACGAUACAGGCACUGAAGAUGAAACUGUAGAUCACACUCAGGGUUCUGAUGAAGAAGGAGAUAUCGAAACUAGUGAAGCUGAAGCUGAUCAAGUGUCAGAGUCCUUAGCUAUCCCAAAAGGGCCCAAGAAAAUAGAUUGUCCGGAAGACGAGGAAUUUCUUAGUGCUUUAGAUAAAAUGGUUUCUGAAAAUAUACAGGAAAGAAUGCGAGAUCCGGUUAAAGCCGGCAACAUGGACAUUUCCGUGCCAGUUGUAAUGAAGAGCAAUGCUAAAAAAAGCUACGAACAGUUACAAGAACCCGACGAGAAUGGCAAACAAAAAAUUGGGUUUGUCCUCAUGAUGCGCAAAGGCAAUAAACAACAAUACAAACAGUUCGAAGCUGACGUUGAUUCAGAACUAGUUCAGAAUUUGAAAGAUCAGGAAUUGGCUCAAAAGGAAGAGAAAGAAAGAGUUAAAAGGCUUACGCUGAACAUAACAGAGAGAUUUGAGGAGGAGGAUUAUCAGGAGUCCAUUUCUCAACAGAACAGACCUGUCACUCAAAAUUUGAAUCGCGAGAGGAAAAAGUACCAGCACCCGAAAGGGGCGCCGGACGCCGACUUGAUUUUCGGUCCCAAAAAAGUCCGUUAAUUAUGACAAAGGUGAUUGAUCUGGUCGAAGUUAAUUAAGAGGCAAUUGAUUUAUUCAAAUAUUGGUUCGCUUAUGAGUUUGGAAAUUUUAUUACCUGACAGUUAUAGGCUGUUAUCUUAGAAAGUGAACUACACGAAAAUCCGUAUCUGAAUUGUUGGAAUCUGAAUGUUAAUUCAGAAAAAAAUGAGAUAUAUAAACGAUUGUUAUGCAGUA